UCAACUUGUGAAUGUCAGACAUCCGUGAUAUCUACUAACGAAAUGGCAAAGAUGUUACCGGGAUCAAUAUGCUUGCUUUUGACUAUUGUCGUUCUACUGCUUGCCAGCAAUAUGUCAGGAGUUAGUGGAAGGGAGCUUGAACAACCAGCGAGUGCGUCGGAUCCUAUCUCAGUAGUAGUAAAUCAACCACAAACAACAUUAGUUAUAGGAUCGGAUUUUGUUAAAGAACUUAUCACAAGCUUACUUAGUGUUAAACUAGCUGCUGAUGGAAAUGAGAAUGAGCUUUUUAAAAUUGUGAUAAAUAAUCCGACGGAAAAAGAUAAGGAGAAAAGUAAUGAAAAUAAGAAUGACAGCUCUGAGAUUGCAACGACAAAGCCCGAAGAAAGUUCAGAAACAGCAAAAGAAACAGAUAAUUCUGAAAGUACGACAAAGAAAUAUAUUCGCCCUAAACAUGUGCAGGAUUAUUUAGAUUAUCUUGAUAACAAACAGAAUUACUAUGGCAAUGGGUGGUGGUUGCUAGGAUAA